AAUGGUGAUUAAUGUCACAUUCAUGUUGUUUGUGCUCUUAAUGGGUAGUACAACCUCCUCUGCUAAACUCUCAACUAAAUUCUACUCUAAGACUUGUCCAAAUCUACAUAGUAUCGUGAAAUCAACGGUUAAAUGUGCAGUGUCAAAGGAAAAGCGCAUGGGUGCUUCUCUCCUUCGCCUCCACUUCCAUGAUUGCUUUGUCAACGGUUGUGAUGGGUCAAUACUCCUUGACGACACUUCAUCUUUCAAAGGAGAGAAAACUGCAGGUCCCAACUAUAAAUCCGUUAGAGGAUAUAAUGUAAUUGAUUAUAUCAAGUCCAAGGUGGAGGCUGCUUGCCCUGGCGUAGUCUCAUGUGCUGAUAUUGCAACUAUCGCAGCUCGUGACUCUACUGUCAUUCUUGGAGGGCCAACUUGGGAUGUCAAACUUGGACGUAGGGAUUCUAAAACAGCCAGUUUUUCACUUGCCAAUGAUAGUGCACUUCCAGCUUUUACUUCUAACCUCAAAGAACUCAUCCAUACAUUCAAACGUGUAGGACUGUCUACCAAGGAUAUGGUUGCCCUAUCCGGAUCCCACACAAUAGGGCAAGCAAGGUGUGUCGUCUUCCAAGAUCGCAUCUAUCACGAUACCAACAUUAACAGUUCAUUUGCUAAGAGAAGGCAAGAAAACUGUCCAAGUACUGGCUAUAGGGGCAACAAUUUUGCUCCUCUAGAUUAUCAAAGUCCCAAAAUUUUUGACAACAACUACUACAAGAACCUGAUCAUUCAAAAGGGACUCCUUCACUCUGAUCAAGUGUUGCACGGCGAUGGAUCAACUGAUCCCCUCGUUGAAAAAUAUAGCAAAUCCCUCGUUGAAAUAUAUAGCAAAGAUCCCGAAGCCUUCUACUCUGAUUUUGCUGCAGCAAUGAUUAAGAUGGGUGACAUUAAACCCCUCACUGGAUCAAAGGGUGAGAUAAGAAAGAAUUGUAGGAAGGUGAACUAUGAAGAAGAGUGUAGCAAAGUGAAUGAUGAUGACGAAACUUGAACUUGAGUUAAACUCCAUAAACGAAAAAUUCAGAAUUACCUAAAAAGAGAGGAAAGCUUCUUUAUUGAUUUUCUUGUUGUAAGUAUGCUUUGUAUUGAGGGAAGAUGAAUCAGUUAGAUGAAAAGAUUAUUAGUGGGGUAAUAUUAAAUUAAAGAUGUAAGAUAAAAAUAUGUUUGUUUGUGUACUAGUAAGCUGAUAUUAGUUAUUUAUGAAUAAAUUUAUAAAAUUA